CAUAGUCGACAAGCCGGCAGUUGCUCAGUCGACCACCGACCGUAACAGAGUAUUCGUAUUUCGAAGUUAAUAUAUCGGUGAACCGGUGGAACUUGGACAGUCUUUGGGAACUUCCACUUGUGAAAAGUGACAGUUGCCUUUUGUCAUGGCUUUCUUAGUCUUCACACUGGUACUAUUGUCGUCGAAGUUGGUUGUCGGCAAUUUCAGCUACGAUGGAAAUAGUGGACCAUCGCAUUGGGGCGACGAAUACAAACAAUGCGUAGGAAAAUUCCAGUCACCCAUUGAUAUAGAAGAAAAGGAUGUCACAAACAUGACUUUUCCAAAACUACAAUUUUCUGACACAGAGAAUUCCCACGUAGCUUACAUGAUUAAUAAUGGCCAUACAGUGAUGAUUCGAAGUUUCGAUCCUGAUUUGCCUACGAUAUCAGGCGGACCCAUCAAUAAUACAUACGUGUUUCAACAAUUACACUUUCAUUGGGGUCAAAAUGAUAAUCUUGGAUCCGAAGAUCUUAUCAAUAAUCACUCAUUUUCCAUGGAGCUGCACGCAGUCUUUUGGAAGAAACAGUAUGGCUCAUAUGACAAAGCGACAGAAUACUCUGAUGGCCUCACUGUGCUUGGAUACUUGUAUCAGGCCACGGAUAAAUCGAAUCCAGUUUUUGAAUCGAUCGUGUCUCAUAUAUCGGACAUAGCGGAAGUUGACAGCAACAUAACGUUAAAUGAUAAUACUGUUCUGGGCAAAUUAAUCUCACCUGAUCUUGCAUCAGUGGAAAAUUAUUUUACAUAUAAAGGAUCAUUAACCACACCUCCAUGCCUCGAGAUUGUCCAAUGGAUCGAUUUUGUGGAACCUCAAUAUCUUUCUCAUAAGCAGUUAGCUGUGUUUCGUAAAAUUCAAUCCAGUGAUGGAAGAAAUUUAACACAUAAUUUCCGCCCGGUGCAACCAUUAGAUGGUAGAAUAGUUUAUCGUAAUAUCCCAACUUCCAUGAUUUCCGGAACGAUUGUUGCCCCAACAGAUUCUGAACAAAUGACGAAUAGUUCUAAAAAACCAGAACAAUCAGAAGACGAAGAUAAUCAUAAUGGACAACAGAGCAUGUGGACUAUAUCACCAUUUGCAGUGAUACUUGGACUUAUUUUUCUUAUACAAUAUCAAUAAUACACUGGAAGCUUUAGUCAAUUAUUUUGACUUUUAUGUAAUUUGAAAUAAUUAAUAAAUAAGUAAAUAAGUAAAUUAAA